AUGAUUCCCCCGGACACUCCGCUCGUAUUGGGUUUCACAUUGUAUUCUACACCGACUCCAUCGCAGUCAAGCAUCAAAAGUUUACGCAUCAUCACCCAUGCGACCGAUGUCGUCUUCGAAAGAUUCGAUGCGAUAGGUUAUUCCCGUGUUCCAAUUGCCGCACAGUCCAAAAAGCCUGUAGCUUGGUCGGAUCCACGCAAGGGAUACGGCAAUCUAAACAAAGAGUCCUCAUCUCCUCACAGUAAUCGGAUAGAGAACCGUCUCGAAGGUAUCGAACAGCUCUUGCGUAGGGCUUUCGAUGAAGAACCCAGCAGCAGAAGUGUUCCAAGACCUCCCGCGUCGUUACCCACAGACUCAAUCAAUGUCUCUCAAGACUUUGGAGACAGCAUCAUCAAUGGACCGAGCCAUGUUGAGUCAGAGAUGGCCUUGGAGGGCAGCAGCUCCAUGAAGGCUGCUACAGUAUACGCAAGCGACUUUUUCCAAACUGUGCUUGGACAAUCGCCUGCCGCGGAUACAAACGCGCGCGUGAAAGCUGCUUUGUCGUCGCUGAAACAGAUGAUUGAGAUCAAUAGCUACCGCUACAUGGCGGAUCGGGUGCCGCCGAGUCGAAGAGAGACUCAGAAUGAUGGAUUACGAGACCUGGCAAUGCCGCCUCUGCAGUCGGUUCUCCCAAUUCUCCGAGAAUUGAAAGAAACAAAAUUGGCUACGCUGACCGUAGUCACUCUCUUCAUCUCCAAAGACAGACUCAUCGACUGUUGCCGAGAGGUAUACUUCGCAGUCGACAAUUUCUCACUUCCGACAUUCUUGAUCGCAAACGCGACGCUCCGUUACUUGUUCCAGGAAAAGGCCCAAGCGACACAGGUUCCUUUAGCUCGUGAGGAGUAUCGUAAAUUGUCUCAACUAUGUCGAGAUAAUCUCGAGUCGGCCAUGAACAAGUUCAGCGUUGUCGCGCCACCUAGCCUAGAGAACGUAGAGGCUUUCCUCUUAGUAGCCAUCUAUGCCAUAGAGGUGUCGCAGCCAAUGCUUGCCUGGCAGCUCGUAUCUGGUGCGGGAGGGAUUUGCCAGACUCUUGGCUGGCACCAACUCGUCCCAAACAGCGACAGCACCACUGAUCGGAAAACAUCUCUCUUCUGGCUGACUUACCUCCUUGAUAAAGGACUCUCCUUGCGACUCGGUCGGCCGGCUGUCAUACACGAUGACGAGAUUACGCUGCCGGAAAGAUUUGACAAGGCAGAUGUGCCAGGCGGAUGGAGGGAUCUUUUGACCCAAUGGAUUCGCCAUUCUAGACUUGUUGGUAGGGCGUACCAAGAUCUAUAUAGUCCAUCGGCCCUGCGGAAGUCACCACAGGAGCGUGGAGAGCGUGCAAUGACCUUGGUGGCGGCCCUCAAACGGAUCAUGGAUGACUCGUUGAUGCCGCUUGGACAGGCACAUCUGAUGAAACGCAACACAGGAAGCUUUGGAUCGGCGCCUAAUAGAAUGAUCAAGACGGUUCUUAAGGCUGAUGAGGUAUGGUAUUGGACGACCCUGACAUUUAUACGCAGGGCUAUUACGUCACAUGAGGGUGGACAUGGAGCUGUUAGCCCUGCGUGUCUGGAAUCAGCUAGAAUGGCUUUUGAAGCACAUGGAGAGUGCAUGAGGAUGACUGACCCUAGCUCAGAGACAAAGGCUCUAUAUCUGCUAUGGACAAUUAUUUACACACCGUUUGUACCGCUGAUCGUGGUGUUCUGUAAUGUCAUCGAAACCUCCAACCCAGGAGACAUUCGUAUACUGGGAGAGUUCUGCGAAUCACUCAAGCCACUAUGCGAUAUUUUCGAGGCUAUCCAGGAGCUACACGACCUUUGUCAGGUUCUGUAUAAUCUGGCCAUCUCAUACGUUGAAGCGAAAAGGCAAAGCCAAGGGGGACUUGAUAAAAUGGUCGAGGAUGGGUUCGACACUCAAACGAAUGGCAUGCAAGGGGCGGCUUCGUUCAGUAGUAACUACUUCGAUACCUUCUCUGUGGGAUCGGGCAUUCCGGUACCUCAGCUGAAUGAUCAUGUUGCGCAGGUUCGGGACUGGAUUUCGGGGAACAUGCAUUGGAUGGAUGUCUCGCAAGAGGACUUCUCAGAGUUCUUGGCACAGUUAUAA